UUUUACAGACUGAGCAAGACCUGAAGCACCUCUGAGCUCCGACCUCCAGUUCUCCACCGGCACGCUCCGCAUUGCACCUGGCCCAUCUUUUCAUCCCACCCACCUGCUUCUCGGUUCAGGAGUGUUCUGGGUGGCUGCAACCUACCGGUCGAUUCAACAGACUGCCCCCUGCUCCUGCUCCUGCUCCUCCUCCUCGUCCUCCUCCUCCUCCCCGCUCUGGCUCUCGUCUCCUCUUCCAGUCGGGGCGCCCAGACUUGCCAGAGCAGCGCCUGCCGCUCGGCGCGCCGCGCGCCCCGCUCCGGGCCCCGUCUCCCCGCAGCCCGAGGGCACCACGCGGGCAAAGGGCGCCCGAGGAGCCGGCACUCCGCUUCUGCUUGCCCAGGAGCCGGGUGCCCUGAGACGCGGCGCAUCGGUCAAGCUCGGGAGGAAGAGGAGCGGUUCAGAGUGAGACUUCUGGAUGCACGGGACGCCGGGGUUCGUCCAGUGCGCGGUAUCUGCGCGCACCUCCACAAGGAACCUUCCAUUCAGAAGAAAUGCUGUAGCGCUUCCCUUUACCCACACAGAAUGGAACCCAAGAGAUGACACAGCUGAAGAAAUUACAGCCUCCUUACAAAUGAGAGACAUUCGAGUCUACGUAGUUUCCAGCUGAAGGAAAACAACCAGCAGCCUCUCUAUAGUGUCGAUUAGGACAGGGGAAAAUGAACAUCACUAACUGCACCACAGAAGCCAGUGUGGCUGUGAGACCCAAGACCAUCAGAAAGAUGCUCAUCUCCAUGGCUCUGGUGAUCAUCACCACCCUGACCAUGCUGCUGAACUUGGCUGUGAUCAUGGCCAUCUGUACCACCAAGAAGCUCCACCAGCCUGCCAACUACCUGAUAUGCUCUUUAGCCGUGACGGACCUCUUGGUGGCCGUGCUCGUCAUGCCCCUGAGCAUCAUGUACAUCGUCAUGGACAGCUGGAGGCUGGGAUACUUCAUCUGUGAGGUGUGGCUGAGCGUGGACAUGACCUGCUGCACCUGCUCCAUCCUUCAUCUCUGUGUGAUUGCCCUGGACAGGUACUGGGCCAUCACCAAUGCUAUCGAGUAUGCCAGGAAGAGGACCGCCAAGAGGGCCGGACUGAUGAUCCUCACCGUCUGGACCAUCUCCAUCUUCAUCUCCAUGCCUCCUCUGUUCUGGAGGAGCCACCGCCAACUCAGCCCACCCCCAAGCCAGUGCGCCAUUCAGCACGACCACGUCAUCUACACCAUCUACUCCACACUUGGGGCAUUUUACAUCCCCUUGACUUUGAUACUGAUUCUCUAUUACCGGAUUUACCAUGCAGCCAAGAGCCUGUACCAGAAAAGAGGAUCAAGCAGGCACUUAAGCAACAGAAGCACAGAUAGCCAAAAUUCAUUCGCAAGUUGUAAACUGACACAGACCUUCUGUGUGUCUGACUUCUCCACCUCAGACCCUACCACAGAAUUUGAAAAGAUCCACACCUCCAUCAGGAUCCCUCCUUUUGACAAUGACCUAGAUCACCCAGGAGAACGCCAGCAGAUCUCUAGUACCAGGGAGCGCAAGGCAGCUCGCAUCCUGGGGCUGAUUUUGGGUGCGUUCAUCUUGUCCUGGCUGCCAUUUUUCAUCAAAGAGCUGAUUGUAGGUCUGAGCAUCUACACCGUAUCCUCUGAAGUGGCUGAUUUUUUGACAUGGCUCGGUUAUGUUAAUUCUCUGAUCAACCCUCUACUCUACACAAGUUUUAAUGAAGACUUUAAGCUGGCUUUUAAAAAGCUUAUUAGGUGCCGAGAACAUAUUUAGAUUGUAGAAAGCCAGAAGCCAUGACUUUUACCAGCCUCGUGAGUGCACGGGGGUAGGGGUGCAUCUUAUAAAUUCUUGAACACAGUUGGUUCAGGAGAGUUUGUAAGUAUGUGUCGUCUUAGUUUUUGUUUGGUUGGUUUUUUUCAUUUAGUUUGAGUCUUGUCAUUUGGUGUGUUUUCUACCUCUGGUCUUAUUUGUGGUACAUAAUUUCAAAUAAACACUCAUACGAAAACAGAAAUUUCAUAGAAGUAAUAAUAAGGUGAACCAGUAAAUACUUUUUAUUUUUUCAGCCAUUUCAGUUAACCCUGCAAUUAAAGAAUGUCCAAAUAAAUCUUCAUUUGCGGAAUUUCUUAUUCUCAUAAAUCAAAUAUCUGACAACUUGCCCUUGUGUGCGGCAUUAAUUCUGUUAUGGAUCCAAAUGCUUACAAAUUCUGUGGGAAUUGCAUGACCACAUAAAGCACUUUUUUAAAAUGGUGUGCUGUCAUCUACUGCUUGCAGACCUGAACUAAAGUCAUUUACUAUGACUACAUAGCCCACUCCUUUCAGGCACAAAUGGUACAGCUGGCAUCUCCUUUUCAGUUCAUGAUUAAAUAAAUAUCCUCAUUCUCUAAACAGAACCUAGAAUGAAUAUACUGGACUUUCUUAGGUCUUUGACUAUGAAUGGAAAACAUAAGCAAAGGAUAUUAUAAAACAAUCACUGAAAUCUGCCAAUCUGUUGCUAUUUUACCUGAUGGACAUAUUGGGCCCCCUCCAAUUCUAAUAAGUUUCCCAGCUAACCCUCAAAUACAAUCUCUCCUUUCAGCAGGAUUAAGGUGGGAGUAUGUGUCAGAUCUGGAGAACGUUUAAAGCAGCUUAAUGGGGUGCAGUGAUCAAAUGAAGGAAUAUAGUCCCUGAAGAACUUUGUUGGAGAAUGCUACUCAUUAUCAGUUGUGCACUUGGAAAAAAAUUAAAAAUUGAAAAUCUUGUUUAUAGCAAAGGCCACCCACCAGGAAAUGAGUAUGAAAUUGCAACUUCUGGGAUCCCUGUGGCUUCCAUGCCAGACUAAGCCUGGGCCAGGAGGCUGCAGGCAGGACCCGAGACCACAUACUGCGUGGCCUGACUCAGCCUCCCCAGACCUGGAGCAAUGGCCCCAGUCGCAGGGAGGAGCUCGCCACUAAGUCAAGAGAGAUGACAGAAGGCACUCAAAGUGUGUCAAUUCUUGGACACUCCUAAGCCAGCGACUGUUCUAGACCUCUGCCUCUCACCUCUAUCCACAGUCUCUCCCUGUCUCUUCAUCCCACAGAUCAUGUCCUCUCUGUUUGCUGAGAAGAUACGGGUUUACCCAACCACCCACCUCCACCUUUCACCCCUUAAUUCUAUUUCCUCUCAACUCUUCUGUCAUCUUGCUCCUUCCCAUCCUUUCUCUCUCCCUCCCACUACCCCUUUCUCUCUCCACUUUUCUUUAAUCUCACCUAUCAAUUUGCUCAAGUCCCUUGGUCACUAGAACAAAUGUCCUCUGGCCCUACUUCGCCUCAGACUCCUGCUCUAUCUUGCACCUCACUCUCCCAUCUGUGUUUCCCUAAUCAUCUACCCACUCAUUCUUCUACCUCUGUAGCAAUGUUUUUAUAUGCACCUUCUUCUCCAAUAAUUUGGUCCCCUCCUCUGGGACAUUCUUCGUAUCUGAUCCACCUACCUCUGGACUCCUCAACUUGCAUCUCUGCUCCUGCAUGCCUGCCAGAUACAUCUUCCUAGAAGAUGGUCCUCAAAGCAGCAUCUCCAGACUAGCAGCAUUAGCCUUACUUGAGAACUUUUAGAAAUGCAAAGUCUAGGGCCCCACUGAAGACCAACUGAAUCAGCAAUUCUGAGGGUGGGAACUGGGGGAGUGAGGAGGUGGGGAGCAUCCAUCUCUGAAUUAAGCCCUCCAGGAGAUUCUGGUGCAUGCUAAAGCUUAAGAAUCAGUCUCUUAGAAUGCACUGCUGACUUUUCAUUGCAGCGCUCAAAAUCCCCUACUAUUUCCAAGUCAGUAUAAAAUAAAUUAAAGUUCCUAAAUAUAGCAUCCAAGGCUCCUUCACUAAGUGGCCUCAAACCACAUUUCCAGAGUUAAGUCUCACCACUUCUUCUCACUUACCUCAUACACAAGAAAAGUCUGGAUAUUUCCUGUGUCUUCUGAGCUCCCCUAAUACCUGACCCACUGCUUCAGAAACCUGUCACCCUGGCUUCCCAUCUCUCUUCCCCAGUCCUUCAAAGUGGAGUGCAAAUGCAAUCUCUUCUGUAAAGUCUUCCUGAGAACCUCCUUCCUUCUUUGCCACUCUGUCCUUUCAGCUCUAUGCUCCACAAAACCUCACUUGGAUCUCUAUAAUUAUAGGCAUCCUACCUUGUAGUGCAUGUGUCUGUGUAUUUCUGCUGUCUGCCCUAGUAGAUUGUGAGCUCCUUGAGGGCAGUAACUGUGUCUGUUUCAUCUCUGUAUCCCCAGGGGUUCCUACAAUGUUUUACACACUGUAGGCACACACUCAUCUAUUAAUGUGAAUGAAAUUAUGUCCCCAGGGGAAAAAAAGAUAAAUGUGCAAUAUUCUCUCUGUGAGAAAAACAAACUUCUAAAAUCUCAUGAUGCAAUCCACACUUCCUCUUUCUUCAAAACUUACGCUAUCAUUCCCACCUUCAUUCAAAAACUGCUGGAAAGACUUCCACGUGGAAAGAAAAUGGGUUUCUCAUUGAAUAUAAAUGAAUGUCCUUUAUUAGUUAGAAUUCAGGCUAAGCUGUUUUCAAAGAAGAGACCCUCCCUCAAAAUAUAGUAGUUCAAACAAGGUAAGUUCUUUCUCACACGACAGUCAAGAGGUAGGAGCGCAGCCCAGCGUGAGCAGAAGACUCUGUUCCACAACAGUCCCCAGGAACUCAGGUCCCUCUACCUUGUGGCUCCACCGUCCCCUCAAGGCUUGUCCUCAUCUGCAUGGCCAAAGCUGACUCACCAUCACAUCCACGUUCCAGUCCACAGAAAGGAGGACAGAGGAAUGGAGACCAAACAUUUCCUUUUUAAGGAAGUUAUGUGGAAACAAUACACAUCCUUCUCCGUGUAUUCCAUUUGUAAUAACUUGGUCCCAUGGCCAUAUCAAAUUAUGGAAGAGAAUGAGAGGGUGAAUCUCUAGUUGGGCAACCAUGUGCCUUGCUAAAAAUGAGCACUUUAUAAUAAAAGGAAGAAGGAGAGAAUGGAUACAAGGGGACAAUGGGCAGUCUUCUCCACAAUGGAAUAUUGGUUUCUGUACAUGCAGCUCAAAUAUUACAGGGCAAGUCAGAUGGCUGUCCAGCUAAUGGUGAUCUAUGUACAAGAACGUUGAGCUUUAAAUUACAGAUGAUUUAACUGCAAGUGUGCCUAUGCUGAAAAUCUAGUAUUUAUCAUGACUGUAAUAUCUAUAGUAUCUAGAAACCCUAUGGGCAACUCACUUGCUUUCUUAUCACCCUCCUUGUGUCAUCACUGAAUUCUUGCCAAAUUCUUGGCAAUUAUAAGAGUUUUACAUUUUUAAGAGUCUAAAUAAAUAAAAAGAAAAAAAAAGAUGCAAACUCAUUUUCACUUGUUUUCACUACCUCAUUUCCAAUCUACUACUAGAUAAAUCCUAAUUAAAUGCAUUUUCUCAUACCUGCCUUUGCCUUUAACACAGAAGAGUCUGUGUAUGUUUCCUAGUAUUAAAUCAAACCCACUGGGAAAAAAAUCUGUUGUUUGGUUUACUCUGUUAAUCGAUAAUGCUAGCUGCUAUUGUCCACUAGCACCCUGUUAAAUUAAAGCUUGUACAAAGUAGCAGUGCCUUCUGAUAUGGUCAAUGUUUCUAGGGUAAACAUUAGCAGAUUAAAAGUAAACCCCAGGGUGGCACUGCAAUCAUCUCCAUUAAUAAAUUAGGACUUUCUGGUUUGUGUACUUAGUAAAAGAAUUCUUGGACAUGCCACUCCCUUGGAGACCUGGUAGACACUCUGGUUAUAACUGGUGUCAGUAAGAAGCCCUAAUAGCAUUGCUACAGCAAUCAGCUUUGGAUAACCAUACAAGCUUCCUACACUUAUGAACUUCACUUUCCAAACUCAGAUAAUUAUGCACAAGGUCAGUUGCAGAGCACAUGCAAAAACUGUGCAGGUUACCAGCACAAGUCAUAUUAGUUUCAACCAUCACACUGGUCUUAGUCUACUAUUGUGUUUGCUGUGUUUGCUUAACUUUUAAGGUCUUCUAACACACAAAAGUUUUUAACCUCCUUAUGUACAGUAUUUGCAAAAGUAGUAAGAACAUUAGAAAAAUUAGUGAAAAGGAGCAUGUGACUAUAGUAGAAAUACAAAUAAAGGUAAUUUUUAAAUUAAAAGAUCUGAGAAAAUGAAAACCAUUGCAUAUGAGAAUGGGGUG